AAUACAUAUUUUUUUUUUCCUCAUAGUUAAUCUGCCCCUACUACAAAAUGAUAUUCUUUUACUAGAAACUUUUUAUUGCCAUCAAGUAACUGAUUUUUAUUACAACUUCUUGUAAUCCUUUUACAGAAAACAAUUGAUAAUUGGUUGUAUUCUAGCAAAAGUGUCAUUUUUUUUCCCGUAUAAAAUUACCCUCUAUCAUUCAAAUAGUUUAGCUCUUCAAUUUUUAUUCCGAUAAAGUAAUAUGGCAUUUGUAUCUUGAAAAGAGAUGUGAAUUUAUUAAAAGAAAUCUACAGGAUGAUUUAUCAGAAUCAACGAGUUCCUCUUGGACAAAGAUCAAUACAAUUCAUUCAUUGAGAGGACACUUUAUACAAGAGCAAUCCCUAUUCUCACCUCUACUUUGGAAAUCGUUUCUUCUGACGUACACGAAACCACGCUAAAGAUAACCAGCUAUCUUGGAGGUAAACAUGUUUCAAAUAAUCACACUCAAUCAACACAUUGAUUUCAGACUACUAGUUAUUGUAGUAUCACAGCUGAACAUAACUUACUUACUUAUUCGUUCAUUCAUCCGAACCAAUCAAUAUACGUAUGCAAUAGGUCUCUUCUUCUUCUUCUUAUUCCUGUUUUAUCGUCAUGUCGCAAAUCGGUAGUAUAGGUUCCAUCAAGAAGACAACAUCUACUGCUGUUCUUAUAUCAACAUGGUGGUCGAACACUUUGAGGCCA